CUUAAUUUAGAGAAUACAAAAAUCAACAUUUAUUUCAAAGGAUAUGUAUGUUAACAAUUCAAUAAAAUUUUCAUUGGCUCGGUGGGUAUGGUGGUGGCGGCCCUAUAAACACUUGUGGGGAUACCCUAUAAACAAAAGUUGCUCUCAUAUAGAUUAAAAUGGAGCUGGGCCUAAAUGGCUGAACAAGAAUUGAUAACUCUAGAGCUGGGUUUGGGCUUGAAGUGAAGCCCAGUGUAUCCCAAGCUCCAAUAGAUAGCUGUUGUGGCUCACACCCAUAUAAUCAGUUAAUCACCAUCCAAAUCCACACGCCCACCGCUCACCAGUCACCACGCGCGCACAGACGCAAAAUGGCGCUACCGAUGACCGUACAAUGCCCGGUGAGCUCACCCUUCCCUUCACCCGCAAAAUCCGGUUACCCACGAACAUUCGCACGAUUCAAACCGCCACCCGUCAGUCACCCGAAACUCAGACCCCGAAGAGUUCGACCCCUCACCAUCAUCAACGCCGCCGACGAAACACCAGAAAAUCCCGAACCCGAAAUCGUGAGCGCCAAGCAAAGCCCAUCGGAACCAGAGAGUGGAGUCGGCGAGUUGGGAUCGGAGAUUAGGGAGGCCAUGCGGCAGAGGAAGGAGGAGGGGAAAGAGGGAGGGUUCUGGAGCGGAGUGGCGGAGGAGAUUCGCGAGAUCGAGUGGCCCCCUUUUGGAAAGGUCUUGGGCACCACCGGUGUUGUGCUCGGGGUCAUUGCAGGGUCGAGUGUGGUUUUGCUCACCGUGAAUGCCGUCUUGGCUGAGCUCUCCGACCGGGUUUUCGCCGGCAGAGGCGUCCAGGAUUUCUUCGGCUGAGAGAGAGAGUGGGAAAAGAUAAUGUGGGGGUUGUGAUGGUCGCUCACUUUCGAGGCCCACUCGGAUGUGAGAAUGUGAGCUCUAUGAACAGAAUUUGGACCUAUUUUUGCAUGACUUGUGUAAAUCUUCCUAAUUUUAUUUAUUUAUUUUUUUUUUA